AUCCCUUCAUUAAAAUUUCUUUAAAUCCAGAUGUUUGAGAAAAAGAUGUAAAACUAGGAUGUUAACCCCAAACUACGUUCAAGUCGUUGUUCUUGCUGCAAAUAUUAAGAAAAUUAAAGGGAAAAAUGGUAUAAAUGAUCCUUACGUUACUAUCGGUCUAGGGACCGAAAAAUACAAAACAUCAGUUAUAGAAAAUACUAAUGUCCCUGAAUGGAAUGAAUCCUGUGAUUUUAAAAUUCCUACUAAGAGAUCAAAUAUUGUAUUCAAUUUGUAUCAUCAUCAAAAAUUUGGAACAGAUGAUUUUAUUGGUCAAGUUUUGAUUCCUUUGAGUGAUUUUGAAAAUUUUGAAGAGACAAAAACUGGAUGGUUUCAUCUGAAAUCCAAGUCCGGGAAGCAAGAGAUAGACGGACUCAGGGGAGAAUUGCAAGUUCAGAUAUGCUUCAUCCACAAAACUGCCACGUCUCAGAGCAUGAUGGAUUUGACGAUGUCCAAGGUGAUGCACAAAGGUUCCUCCAUAAAAAAUUUGGCCAAAUCGAUGGGCGCGAAACUGAAGAACGAACUUUCCGCUAGCGAGAUUUCCCUCAAUAACAAACAACCCUUCUUUUCCUCGUCCCACAAACGUGGCAGCCACGUCAAAUCCUCGAAUACCACGCAAGAAGCGAACUCGGAGAUCGUGUCGAUAAACUCUUCCGACUUCGGUUCCCUCUCCUCCGUUUCUAUCGGCUUUUCCGACCUUCCCCCUGUUCCGGAGAUCAACGACUUCCAGGAAACGGAAGAACAUCAAGAGCCAAACAAUCGCCGUUACGAUAAUUCGUUCGACAAAGUCGCUACCAAUUCGUACGUCUCCCCCGUUAGAGACGCUGACAAAUCGGGCAUCAAUAUUAUGCAUAUGCCUCCUCAUCUUCCCCAAGAUAUUAUAAUCCCUACCAUUAAAGGUCCGUCACCCCCAAAGGUUUCCACUCCGCCCUUGAGUUCACCCCGGCUAUCGCUCACCCGACAAUCACCACCUCAAAUGCCAUCUAAAAAAUAUUCGAUUCCUUCGUUCUCGCUUGGGCUCAAGCCCAAAAAUUAUAGCGAACAUUCUUCGCAAAAAAAGCAUUCUCUCCCUCCUAAUUUGAGCGAUUCCGCAUUGACUAGAUACCCAAACGAUGGCGGCGUUAAAUUGAAUGGCAACGCGAAAAAUUCGAAUUUUAAUAUCCGUUCCUCUUCCGAUCGGGACAAGCAUUUAAAAACCCCUCGAAUUCAAAGCUUGAUCAGUGAAGAGAUAACGCAACCUAUCAAUACUCUAACAAACGGCGAUAUCAGACGAGAUUUUGAUUAUGAUGAUUUCAAGAAUCCAUUCGUGAAAACCAAUGGCCAUAAGACUAAAUCGGACACUGGUAACAAUCCAUUUUACAAGGAAUACCUCACGACCUUACCCAAAGAGGAAACGAUAGAACCUCAAGAGACGAGCGAUAGCCGUUACGAGAAUUCGCUCGAUAAAGCCCCUACCGAUCCGUGUGUCAUACCCAUUGAGGACUCUUACAUAUCGGACAUCAAUAUUAUGCCUAUGUCUCCACAUCUUCCCCCAGAUAUUUUAAUCCCUACUAUAAAAUGUCCGUCACCCCCAAAGGUUUCGACUCCUCCCUUGAGCUCACCCCGCGUACCUCUCAGCCCACCAUCGCCACCUCAAACGCCAUCUGAAAAAAUUUUGGUUCCAUCUUUCUCAAUCAGCUUCAAACCCAAAUAUUUUGGUCAACAUUUGAGCGAUACCUCAUUGACGAGUUAUUCGAACGACGAUGGCGGCGUUAAGUCGAAUGGCAAUGCGAAAAAUUUGAGUUUUACUUUCCCUUCCUCUUCUGAUAGCGACAAACAUUUGGAAACCCCCCGAAUUCACAGUUUGAUUAGUGACGAAGAGAUAACGCAACCCAUCAAGACCCUAUCAAACGGCGAUGUCGGACUAGAUUUAGAUUAUGAUGUUUUCAAGAAUCCAUUCGCUAAAACUAACUGCCAUAUAAUCAAACCAGACUCUGGCAACAAUCCUUUUUACAAGGAAGAAGAAUACCUCACGAUCUUACCCAAAGAAAAAUUAAUUCACGUUAUACGGGAUCUGGAUUCAAAAUUGAGGGAAAAGGAUUUAAAAAUUCAGGAAUUAAAGGAAUAUAUUGGAAGUUUAUUGCUAAAAAUCAUUUCGGCUUCCCCAAACAUGCUGGAAAUAUAA